GGGGGGGGACAUUGUUCGCUGCUGGCUAGGAACAAAGGGGUUGGCUCCUUCACCACUUCUCAACAACUGUGUUGCUAAAAAAAAACGCUACCUCGGAGGAGUAAAAAUAACGCACCUGAGAAAGUACUGAUUAUUGCCACUUUUUUGUUUUGCUUUUCUUUUUGUUUCGGAGGAGCACUGAAGUAACGGCUAUUUUUUUAAAGCUGAGCCUGAAGGUGCUUCAAAUUGGGACAGCUAGCAUUCAAGCUAGCCUGCUAACCGAGCAGUGGUGUUGGAAACCCCCCCCCCACCGCGUUUCGUUUAACCAUUCGGUGCAGGCUGUUCGUCUAAGUCGUUCAAGCUGUACUCCCCCAAGGAGCCCGGCCCUAACGGCAGUGCCUUCCCCCCCUUCCACCCCGGCACCAUGCUGGACAGGGACGUAGGGCCAACACCAAUGUACCCCCCGUCAUACCUAGAGCCUGGCAUGGGAAGACCAACACCAUACGGCAACCAGACAGACUACAGGAUAUUUGAGCUCAACAAACGGCUACAAAACUGGACAGAGGACUGUGACAAUCUCUGGUGGGAUGCCUUCACCACAGAGUUCUUUGAGGAUGAUGCCAUGCUCACCAUCACCUUUUGUCUGGAGGACGGGCCUAAACGAUACACUAUCGGCCGGACAUUGAUCCCGCGGUACUUCCGGAGUAUCUUUGAAGGCGGCGCCACUGAGCUGUUCUACACAUUGAAGCACCCUAAAGAGUCCUUCCACACGAACUUUGUGUCUCUGGACUGUGACCAGUGCACCAUGGUUACACAGAACGGCAAGCCCAUGUUCACACAGGUGUGUGUGGAGGGCCGUCUGUACCUGGAGUUCAUGUUUGACGACAUGAUGAGGAUCAAGACGUGGCAUUUUAGCAUCAGACAACACAGAGAAGUCCUGCCUCGCAGCAUACUGGCCAUGCACGUGCAGGACCCUCAGAUGCUGGAUCAGCUGGCUAAAAACAUCACAAGAUGUGGCCUGUCCAACUCCACACUCAACUACCUCCGGCUGUGUGUGAUCUUGGAGCCGAUGCAGGAGUUGAUGUCCAGACACAAGACCUACAGUCUGAGUCCCAGAGACUGUCUCAAGACCUGUCUCUUCCAGAAGUGGCAACGCAUGGUGGCCCCACCAGCUGAGCCAGCCAGACAAGCCCCCAACAAGCGGAGGAAAAGGAAGAUGUCUGGCGGAAGCAACAUGAGUGCUGGUGGAGGAAACAACAGCAAGAAGAAGAGUCCUGCAAACAACUUCCCUCUCUCCACACAGGUACCUGACGUGAUGAUGGUGGGCGAGCCCACACUGAUGGGAGGGGAGUUCGGAGACGAAGAUGAACGUCUGAUCACGCGGCUGGAGAACGGCCAGUUCGACACGGCCAACGGAGCGGGGGGCCUGGAGGAUGAGGACAGUUUUGGUAGCUCCCCUGCUCUGGGGGGCGCACACUCCCCCUGGAACAACAAGACGCCCAGCAGCCAGGACAGCAAGAAUGACGCACAGUAGAGCCACAACCAUAAACCCUAACUCACCACCCAGAUACGCUACUCAUCUACCUGCAAAAUGAAUCCCACUCACGCUCUCUCUCGCACAUGCUCAGUGGUGCUCAACCCCGACCCUCUUCCCCUUGCUCAUCAGUGCUAGGCCUGGCUCUGUUCUGUUUGUGUGUGUGAGGGAGGGAGCCUGUGCUUACUGGUCAGAGUGUUUGAGUCAGAGCUGGGUUCGGCCGUCUAUGAUCAGUGCUAGCCAUGUUGGCCAUUUUGCUGGCUGACAUAUUGGCGGGUUCUUGUUCCAACCUCGGGUCUCUGGGUGUGUUGCCUUGACAGCGUACCUCUAUUUCUGUUGUGCUCACCUCACAGGGAAGGAAUACUUAUUAGUUUUAUUUAUUAUCUCUUAGAUUUUAGCAGAGUAAAACGUAUUGUGUGCACUACAGCAUAAAUCCAACGUUCAGUUUUUAAAAACUAAAUUAUUUGUUUUGUAGGACCUGGUUGGAACAAAAACCUGUACACUGCCGGAGCUUGAGGACCGGAGUUGAGAACCGCUACGCUAAACCUAAAACACACAACACAACACGCAUGCAACACACACACACACAUACAUACACACACACACACACACACAACUCGCUCGCACGCACACACACGCAGACACUCUGAGGUACUGGAGAGAGGUCCUACUUCCCCACCUGGACCAGAGCACCAGGCCAUACAGAAGUGGGUUUUAAUUUUCUAUGUUUUUAGUUUGAUUUAAAUUUUUUAUUUUUAUAUCAAUUUCUAAAAAUGAAACCGAUGAGCAAACAAAUAAAUGAAACAAAAAUGCACCCCAGAAUAUUCUUUACUGUUUUCCACUAUCGUCAAUCUAUAUUUCUUAUGAAUUGAUGGUGUAUUUUGUUCUUUUUAUUAUGGCUUAUAUAAAGAAAUUGUAAAGCAUCAGAAACCUGUGACUGGAGGGGAGAAUCUACGGUAUGUAACUGUAUAAAUAUUACUGUUAGAUCAUUUGUAUUAUUGUCAUUAAGAUACUACAUCUAUGUAAUAUUGAAUUGUCUAUGCCUGAUACAGUAUGUUGCCUGUUAGUGUCAGACAUGGCAAUGACAUUAUAACGAAUCCCAGUGAUUCGCAUCUGAAGGGAAAAGCCACCUCUUUUAAUGUCCAAGCCUGCACCUUAAAUGGCACCAUAUUCCCUGUGAACUACUUUUGACAAUGACCCAUAGGGCUAUGGUCAAAAGUGGUGCACUAUAUAGAGCAGUGGUUCUCAACUGGUUUGUCCUGGGGACCCAAUUUGAACCAGGUCUGUCGCGGUCCAGUAUUUGCAUUGCGUUGUUUGUUGUUGCCAAAAUGCAUACGAUUUUCAAUGCUAUAUUGAUAGUAAAUGUAUCAAUUAUAUGACAAGGGAACUGCAGUCCCACCUAAAUGUUUCAAUUUUGCCCCUAUUCUUGAAUGUUAAACUCACUUGUUUGAGAUGACAAAAUCAACCCAAUCUGCUAAAUAGUGCUGCUAAUAACUCUAUAUUGAAAAUACUGUGGUUUAAGACUAAUAGUUGAGAUUAAAUUAAAUAUAGGUUAAUUAUAAUUGUUUGUUGCUUAACUUCAGACUUGAGGAUGUAUUUUAUUUUUGAACUCAGACACACAUUCGACCCAUUCAAAACCUCACGAGACCCACCAGUUGAGAAUCGCUGAUUUAGAGGAUAGAGGGUGCCUGUUGAGAUCCAUCCUAACUCCCUGUCUACUUAUCUGCUCAGUACCUCAUGUCCACACCUCAGACAGUACAGACACGUAUUUUCUCUCUCCGAUAUGUUACGAAAACUUUUGAAGACAAUUUUGGCACGGCAUUGUAAGAUAUAAGAAAACAACACAUUUUGUAUUGGCUUGCGUUUCCCAAUAAUUUGUAAUCACUAUUUUUGAAAGCUACAAACCAAGAAGCUACUUUGCAAGAUCCUUUUAAAUAUUGAUCCCCGAAUAUGCUAGUUGUUUGUAUUAAGAAUAAUUUUGUGCGCUUUUUCCUCUUAUGUUUUUGUGUCUUUGUGCUUGUAUAUUUAAGGUAGUUUCUGUAUAAUUGUUAUUCUACGUAUACUUCCUUAGAUCAACACCCUAUGGCAUCUCUCCAAUGUAAAGAUACAUUUUUUUCUCCAUUUAAAAAAAAAAACUGUUUGGAAAAUACAUUCAAGGUUACAACCACCAUUCACGAGAGCUGGCUAUGAAUUUUUGUUCUACAUACAAUUUAUUUAUUUUGAUACCGAUGCCAAUAGCUAGGUUUCCAUCCACUUUGCGACAGAUUUUCAUGCGAAUAUUCUAAAAUCUGCAUAAAACAAUAUUGGCAUUUUCCUACCAGAGAUGUUUCCAUCAAACUGACCUUUUGAUCAUUAAAGGCUUUGUGCGAUGACGUAGUAGACAGUUUAUUUUAAAUUUUUAUUUUACCUUUAUUUUACUCUGCAAGUCAGUUAAGAACAAAUUCUUAUUUUCAAUGACGGCCUAGGAACAGUGGGUUAACUGCCUGUUCAGGGGCAGAACGAUAGAUUUUGUACCUUGUCAGCUCUGGGAUUUGAACUUGCAACCUUUUGGUUACUAGUCCAAUGCUCUAACCACUAGGCUACCCUGCUGCCCCAAAUUCAAGUUCAAUUGGUUUCCAUUACAUUUUCAACUCUACUAAUGGUUUUGUCACAAACAUCGUUGUGUUUAUAUAGCAAAUGUGCACGCUCUAGUUUUGACACGUGCACUCUAGCCAACAGCUCACAGAUAGUGCGGGUAGGCUACCUACAUAAGAUGAUUAUGGAUAAGAGCGAUUUUUAUUAUUUUAUUGGUUAAACUGCAGCCAAAUAUCUAUCAUUUCACCAGAAUAAGACUCAAUAUUUAGUGGAAAGGAGCAUCAAGUUCAUCACUUUGCACAUUCACCACCCUAUGAAGUUAAUUUAUUUAAUCUGAAGCCUACUUUAAACUGCAUGGUUUCCCGAGUUGUAGUGGGAGAACCAAAUAUUAUGGUUAUUAUAUCAAUAUUUGCGCAUUAUGGUGUUUCACCCCCAUUGCAAAAUUCAUUUUAGAGACACAAAAAGAUGCCACCAUAAAAUUGUACCAGCAUUUCCUGUUUCCAUCAGCCCUGUCAAUAAUUUUAUGCGUCAGGUAAUUAAUCUGCAUGAAAUGGUUGGAUGGAAACCUGGUUAAUGAGUUUGCAAGUUCAUGUACAAUAUCUAUGCCUUUGCCCCCAAUGUCAUUUUGUAGGCUUUUCUGGCUAUGUCAUCUCAACUAUACCUCACAUUUUCAAUAAAUGACCCCAAUAUCACGAUCAACAGUCAGAUGUCUGAAAAGACUAGAAAAUUACAUUAUUUUCACAUGAUUUUCCAUACGUUCCUCAUAGGUAACUUGACAUGAUUUCCAGUCAAGUCAAUAGGAAGAAAUCACCAUAGGUUGAAAAAAGAUUAUAGAAAAAGGACUACUUAAAAAAAAAAAAAAAUCUAUGUAAAAUCCAUCAGGACCUAAGUUGAACGAGUAAUGCAUUUCUCGCUCUCUAUAUAUUAAUCUUUAACGCUGCAUUGUUGAAAGACCUGUAAGUAAGCAUUUCACUGUAAGCCUACACCUGUUGUUUAGGAAGCAUGUGACAAAUAAAAUUUGAUUUGACAGUGA